UGUGUAAACAAAACACAACAUAAUAAGAUUGUUUUUUUUAUGCAACUAUUACACUUUAUUAUUAAUUUAUUUGUUUUACAAUUUUAAGAAGUAUUAAAAAGAAAUAUAAAAUUCUUUUAUUACUCAAAAAAUAAAACCAAUAUAACCUACAAAAUAACCUGCAACAACGACAGUCAUCUUCGAUAAACUUUUGAUUAAUAAUUAUUAAUGCAACUUUUAUCAAAACUGCAUAUACUUGAUUCAAGUGAUGGAUAUACUUGAUUCAAGUGAUGACGAUAUUUUGAAUACUUUUCUUGAUGAAGAAGUUACUGAAAAAAUAUCACCAUCAGAGGAGCAAAAUGAAGAUUCUGCUGAUGAAAUUUUAACUGCGCUAAUGGAAAAAGAAAAUACAAUGUCUCCUCCUAAAAAGAAAAAAAAGAGGUUAAUUUCUAAUGUAGAAUCGCCAGAUAUGGAAACAGAGGCCAAGAUAGCAGAAUUGCAAGCUCAAAUUGAUUUAUUGAAAAAGAAUAAACUUCCAUUGCACAAGAAAGAUAAGUUAGAACUUUGCUCUCAUAAUAAAACAAAAAAUGAUUGCUUUUUCUGUUCACAAAAACCAUCUGAAAUCAAUCAUGUUGAUACUAGCAGCAAUAAAAUCAAUCAUGUUGGUACUAGCAACAAUGCAGUGUCAUUAAAUAAAAUAAGUACUUUUACUCUUCAACCUGAAACAAACAAAGAGUCUUUGUUAGAUAAUUCAGAAACAUUAAAGAUAAAGAAAGCCAGAGUUGCUCAUAAUCUUUCAGAAAAAUUUGUGGAUGUUAAAGAUGUCAAGUUUGGCUUAGCUCCUUCAUUGAGCAAUCGGCCAAAAGAAUCUUCUAUCAAAACAGAAAAAAAAGAUGGGGUUAUUGAUAACCUUUGUUAUUCUGGAAUUGUAAUCAGUAAACCAAAACUUUCUUCUGCUGUCAUCGAGCAGCGCAUGGCUGGAAAAAAAAUUAUUAAAUGUUCUAAUAUUCAAGCUACCAUGAAAAAUGGAGACAUAGAAGGAGAUUGGGUUACAGUUGGUGUAAUUGUUCACAAAACAGCAUCGAAACAAUCUGCAAAUGGAAAAAAUUUUAGUGUUUGGCGCCUUAGUGAUCUUGGAGUUGGAACAGAAAAUAAAACAGUUGGCCUAUUUUUGUUUGGAGAAGUUUAUAAAGAACAUUGGAAAACUCAAGUGGGAACUGUUGUUGCAUUGCUUAAUCCAAGUAUAAUGAAGCAAGAAAAAGGACAAGAAGUUUCAAUUUCAUUAGACAAUCCAAAAAAAUUGAUGGAAAUCGGUAUAGCUAAAGAUCUUGGCACUUGUAAGGGUAUUCGUAAAAGUGAUGGAAAACAGUGUGUUAUGCAUGUUAAUAGACAAUAUGGAGAUUAUUGCGAAUAUCAUGUUCAAAGAGCAUUAAAUAAAGCUAAAGCAGGAAGGAUGGAGUUGCAAUCUGGAGCUCUUGGCCCUCAUCAUGGGACAGGUGAAAGAUUGAAUGCAGUUAAAAAAGAAAUAUCUAAUGGAGUUUAUCAUUAUGGUGGCAAUACGCUGUCAUUGAAAGAUUUUAAGGAAAAAAAAGUCAAGUUGGCUGUUAACAAACCUAACACAGGAGGCUUGCGUAGUGUUCUAGGGAGUGAGUUGUCUGCUCAAGCUGGAUCUGAUUUAAAAGCUUUUAAAUUAAAUAGAGAAAAAAUUUUAGAAGGGGGAUCUAAAGAAUUAAAUGAACUUUUAGUAGCACCAACAUUGGGUUCUCGGAACUUAAUUCAACAUUUACAUGGCAAUCAAACUAAAGAAAAAGAAAUAAAAGAACCAACAAAAUCAUCUAGCAGUGUCAUUGAGUUCCUCCGUAAUAACAAAAGUGCCAUAGCACCGAAUGAAAAACAACCAUGUGUUAAAAGAAAAUUAACUGAUGUUGAUUUUUUUAAUGAUGAAGCUAAACCAAUAAAACAAACUGAAGGAAAACUGUUAAAACAAAAAUCAAUUUUAGACCAAAAGCCAACCCUUAGUAAAAAUUUUAAAGAUAAAAACAUUGAAUUUUCAGAUAAUGAAGAAGAUUAUUUAAGUUAUAACAAGUACACUGGUGAACAAGACAAUAAUAUUACAUCAAGUUUUAAAAUGCUAACAGAAAAUACAAUUGUUGAUUUAAAAACUAAAAAAAAUAUAAAAUCAUCUUUUAAUUAUGAUAAAGCCAAGCUUAAAGCAUUGGCUACAAUUAAAAUGAAAGGACCACUUGUAUUAGAUGAUCCUAAUAAUGUUGUUGUCGGUAAAAAUAAAGGCCUUAAAUCAUUAAUAAAAAUUCAAGAAAAAGUUGGAAAUUCACUUAAAAAUGACAUUUCAGAACCUAAUAAAGUUAUUGUUGAAAAAAAGAAAGGACUGUUAGAUGGGAUUCUUGGUCAUGUUGACCUCAAUUCGAAAGAAGGAAAAAAAUUACUAGAAAUGAAAUCAAGGAAUGUUGGUGCUCUUAAACUGGCAGAAAAUGAAAGAGAAGAAAAAUAUUUUGAUUCACUUGUAAAAAAAGAACAAAUGGAAGAAAAAUUGAUGAAUGUUUAUGAAAUCAAAGUUUCUGCUGUGGCUUGUAGAAUAUGUGAGUAUGUGUGUGAGACUCAAAGCAAAUUCUGCUAUGAACAAAAUCAUUCAAUAGCAAAACUAGCAAGUGUGAUAAAAAGGUUUUUUCAGUGCAAAUCCUGUGGCUUAAGAUGUGCUGUUUACAAUAAAACUGUUCCCACAAAACCUUGCAGUAAAUGCAAUGAAACAAGUUACAAAAAAGUAUCAAUGUCAAGAGAACGCAAGGGUCCCAAGAUUGGCGGUGAAACAUUAGAAAUACGUGGAAGAGAAGAAAAAUUUCUUAACAGUAUGUUUUGAACAGCUAUUUCAAUUGAAUAUUAUUUAAAUAU